AUGGCCUUCAAGGGCACAUCUCGUCGUACAAGGAGUGGGCUAGAGUUGGAGGUCGAAGAUAUCGGUGCUCAUCUAAAUGCAUACACGUCCCGGGAGCAAACAGUUUACUACGCCAAGUGCUUCUCCACUGAUUUGGAACACUCCGUUGAGAUUCUAUCCGACAUACUUCUCAACAGCAAUUUGAGUACUCGAGAUAUUGAAGCGGAAAGAAGUGUUAUUUUGCGUGAAAUGCAAGAAGUUGAGCAGAACUUUCAGGAAGUAGUCUUUGAUCAUUUGCACACUGGUACAUUUGAAGGCAAUCCGCUUUCGAUGACUAUCUUGGGUCCUGUGGAAAACAUUAAUAGCAUCCAGCGAAAGGAUCUGGUUGACUACAUAAAGACGCAUUACCGCUCAGGAAGAAUGGUUUUGAGUGCUGCUGGUGGGGUUCGACAUGACGAAGUUGUACGCUUAGCAGAGAAAUAUUUUGGUGGCUUACAGCACGGUGACGCAUCGGCAAACUUCAUUCCGGCCGUAUACAAACCUUGCGAGAUACACAUUCCCGUUGAAGGAAUGGACUCCAUUUAUGGAGCUUUAGUUGUUGAAGGAGUGUCUUGGACUCAUGAGGAUAAUCUCGCGUUAAUGGUGGCUAACACUCUUAUUGGUGAAUGGGAUAGGAGCCGUGGCUUCGGAGUAAAUGCACCAUCUCGUCUUGCUCUUCGAUUAGGUCGUAGCGCCGGUGUUCAGUCAUUCCAGGCUUUCAACACUUGCUACAAGGAUACGGGUCUUAUUGGAGUAUACUUUGUUACUGAGGAGAUGGCAUCCGAAUCUUUGGUUGACGCAAUAGUAGAUGAAUGGCGUUGGUUAGCCAGUGAAGUCGAUGCUGAAACUGUUGAUCGCGGCAAGCGUACGCUGCUCACUAAUCUCCUCCUGAUG